GUUGAUGAUAUAGUCAUACAAGACCAAAGCCAUUGCAACAACAACAACAAAAAAAAUGGCUUCAAAACCAGGCCCUCUUACUCAAUGGCCAUGGCAAAAACUUGGCAACUUCAAGUAUGCUUUGCUAGUUCCUUGGGUGGCAAGGAGCAUGCACAAGGCCAUAAGAGCUAAGAAUGAAGGAGAGGAGAUAGAUUUUUUGAACCUUACAAUACUCCCUACUCUACUGAUAAGAUUGCUCUACUCUCAGCUUUGGAUCACCAUCUCCAGAUUCCACACUGCAAGAACCAAGCACAAGAUUGUGAACAAGAGCCUUGACUUUGAUCAAGUUGACAGAGAGAGGAACUGGGAUGAUCAGAUAAUUUUGACAGCUUUGUUGUUCUUUGUGGGGAAUGAGGUGAUUCCAGGGGCUGCUUACUUGCCAUGGUGGAAUACUAAGGGAGUCAUUCUCACUGCAGUGGUUCAUAUGGGUCCUGUGGAGUUCAUCUACUAUUGGCUUCAUAGAGCUCUCCACCACCACUUCCUCUACUCCAGAUACCACUCUCACCAUCAUGCUUCCAUUGUCACUGAGCCCAUAACAUCCGUGAUCCAUCCUUUUGCUGAAGAAGUUGCUUACUUCACUCUUUUUGCAAUCCCUCUGUUAUCAAUGGCUCUCACUGGAACUGCAUCAAUCAUAGCUGCAGCUGGGUAUUUGAUAUAUAUUGAUUUCAUGAACUACUUAGGCCAUUGCAACUUUGAGCUUGUACCAAAAUGGCUCUUUGAUGUCUUCCUUCCUCUCAAAUACCUCAUGUACACCCCGUCGUUUCAUUCCCUCCACCACACACAAUUUCGGUCGAAUUACUCCUUAUUCAUGCCAUUUUAUGACUACAUAUAUGGUACCGUGGAUAAAUCUUCGGAUACACUCUAUGAAAGUUGUUUCAAGGGAAAGGAGGAAGAAGCACCUAGUGUCAUUCAUUUGACACAUCUUACUACAUUGCAAUCAAUAUAUCAUCUAAGAUUAGGGUUUGCUUCGUUCUCAUCAAAGCCAUAUGAAUCCAAGUGGUACAUGUGGAUUUUUUCACCGGUGACAUGGAUGUCGAUGAUCCUGACCUGGAUUUAUGGAGCUACUUUCACUGUGGAAAGGAAUGGGAUGAAGAAGCUUAAUAUGGAGACUUGGGCAAUUCCAAGAUAUAGCUUUCAAUAUAUGACAUCUUCUCAGAGAGAGGAAAUCAAUGAGUUGAUUGAGAAGGCAAUUUUAGAGGCUGAUGAGAGAGGAGCCAAAGUCAUUAGUCUAGGUCUCUUGAAUCAAGCAGAUGAAUUGAAUGCAAGCGGAGGACUCUACUACAUAAACAAUCCAAAACUUCAAAUUAAAAUCGUAGAUGGGACAAGCUUGGCUGCCGCUGUAGUUGUUAACAGAAUCCCCAAAGACGCCAAAAAUGUUCUGCUUGUUGGAAAACUCUCUAAGAUGGCUUGUGUCUUAACUCUAUCCAUAUGUCAAAAGGGACUCGAGGUAAUGGUUGCACGAAGAGAUACGUACGAGAUUCUAAAGCUAAAGUUACCGAAAGAGCUUGUAGAUCAUGUUGUUUUCUCUGAGAAUUAUGAAAACCAGGUAUGGUUAGUAGGAGAUGGGCUGAAGGAUCACGAACAAAAGAAGGCAGCAAAAGGGGUACACUUCAUUCCAUUUUCGCAGUUUCCUCCAAAAAUUAUACGCAAUGAUUGCAUUUAUCACAGUACGCCAUCUCUCAGGACACCAAAGGAAUAUGAAAACAUGCACACAUGUGAGAAUUGGUUGCCGAGGAAAGUGAUGAGCGCUUGGAGAGUAGCUGGAAUUGUGCAUGCAUUAGAAGGAUGGGAUGCACAUGAAUGUGGAGAUAUUGUGAUGGAUAUCAAGAAAGUUUGGCGUGCGGCUUUAGAUCACGGCUUUGUUCCAUUUGAGGGUGUAAAAUGCAAUUAGAUAUUGGGAUUUAUCCUGUUGUUGUGCUUAAAUGAGUUGUGAAAUGUGAAAUAAUUAGCACAUAGUACAUUAUUGAUUACUAGCCAGUGAAGGUGUCUCUUCUCUUGAUACACUACAAUUAUGUAUGUGAUCAUGAAGUUGUAAGUUCGUUACAAGAAUGAUUUGUUGGAUUUUUUGGUCAAAA